GUUGGCGGAAGAGAACGCGUACCCCGGCCGCUGGCUCCUCUGCUGCCGGAGUUGUCGCCGCGCGGGUCUCGCCGUCGUCUCUUAGCCCGGGUUCCGUUCGGUUGGCACCCCGGUGCCCUCCCGACUCGGCUGGGGCUCAGCGAGGCGGCCCCCCCCUUUUCCGACGGCGUUCCAUGGAGUAGGGUCCCGGACCGUUGUCCCGAAGAGCGAGAGCGCGCUGGGCCCCCUCCCCCUCCCUCUCCCUCCCUCCCUUCCGCCGCAACAUGGCUAACAACAGCCCCGCGCUGACAGGCAACUCGCAGCCGCAGCACCAGGCGGCGGCGGCCGCGACGCAGCAGCAGCAGCAACAGCAGCAGCAGCAGUGCGGCGGCGGCGUCCCCAAGCCGGCGGUGUCGGGCAAGCAGGGCAACGUGCUGCCGCUGUGGGGCAACGAGAAGACCAUGAACCUCAACCCCAUGAUCCUGACCAACAUCCUGUCGUCGCCUUACUUCAAAGUGCAGCUCUACGAGCUCAAGACCUACCACGAGGUGGUGGACGAGAUCUACUUCAAGGUCACUCAUGUGGAACCAUGGGAGAAAGGAAGCAGGAAAACAGCAGGCCAGACAGGGAUGUGCGGAGGGGUUCGAGGUGUUGGAACAGGAGGCAUUGUUUCUACAGCGUUUUGCCUGUUAUAUAAAUUAUUUACUCUGAAGUUAACUCGAAAGCAAGUGAUGGGUCUCAUAACACACACAGAUUCUCCAUAUAUUCGAGCCCUUGGAUUUAUGUACAUAAGGUAUACACAACCCCCUACAGACCUAUGGGAUUGGUUUGAAUCCUUCCUUGAUGAUGAAGAGGACCUAGAUGUGAAGGCUGGCGGAGGCUGUGUAAUGACCAUUGGAGAAAUGCUGCGAUCUUUUCUCACAAAACUCGAGUGGUUUUCUACCUUGUUUCCAAGAAUUCCUGUUCCAGUUCAGAAGAAUAUUGAUCAACAGAUUAAAACCCGGCCCAGAAAAAUAAAAAAAGAUGGGAAGGAGGGCACAGAGGAAAUAGACAGACAUGUUGAACGCAGACGUUCGAGGUCUCCUAGAAGAUCACUGAGUCCACGGAGGUCCCCAAGAAGAUCAAGAAGUAGAAGCCAUCAUCGGGAGGGCCAUGGAUCUUCUAGUUUUGACAGAGAAUUGGAAAGAGAGAAAGAACGCCAGCGACUAGAGCGGGAAGCCAAAGAAAGGGAGAAAGAAAGGCGAAGAUCCCGAAGUAUUGAUCGAGGGUUGGACCGCAGGCGUAGUAGGAGUAGAGAAAGACAUAGAAGUCGUAGUCGAAGUCGUGAUAGAAAAGGAGAUAGAAGGGACAGGGAUCGAGAAAGAGAGAAAGAAAAUGAGAGGGGUAGGAGAAGAGAUCGGGACUAUGAUAAGGAAAGAGGUAAUGACCGAGAGAGAGAAAGAGAGCGAUCAAGAGAACGAUCCAAGGAACAAAGAAGUAGGGGUGAGGUAGAAGAGAAGAAACAUAAAGAAGACAAGGACGAUCGGCGGCAUAGAGAUGAAAAAAAAGAUUCCAAAAAAGAGAAAAAACACAGUAGAAGUAGAAGCAGAGAACGAAAACACAGAAGUAGGAGUAGAAGUAGAAAUGCAGGAAAACGAAGUAGGAGCAGGAGCAAAGAGAAAUCAAGUAAACAUAAAAACGAAAGUAAAGAAAAAUCAAAUAAACGAAGUAGAAGUGGAAGUCAAGGAAGAACUGACAGUGUUGAAAAAUCAAGAAAACGGGAACAUAGCCCCAGCAAAGAAAAAUCUAGAAAGCGUAGCAAAAGCAAAGACCGUACUCACAAACGAGAUCACAGUGAUAGUAAGGACCAGUCUGACAAACAUGAUCGUCGAAGGAGCCAAAGUAUAGAACCAGAGAGCCAAGAAAAACAUAAAAACAAAGAUGAGACUGUGUGAAAAUUUUUUUGUAAAAGUGGAUCACAUUGAAUCCUAUAAAUGUUUGAUUAAAUCUGCUUUUCCCCCCCUCCCAAGUUGAGAUUGUGCAGUAGUUCCGCACUCUUCAAGCUCCUUGUAGGCUGCAUUUUCAUUUCCUCUUUUGUGUAGGGAAGUGCCUUUGUAAUCCCGUUUACUGCAUUGAUGUUUUCACCCAGUUGUUGAGUUUGAUACAUGAUGCACAGAUUGUUCUUACAUUUUUAUUUGUUUUUGAAAUGUACAGUCUGUACAUAUGUCCUAAAAAUGUUUUAAUUCCUUUGGCGUAGUUGCCAUGUUGGUUAAAUUUGUAUAAGGCAAUAAACUGCCACUAAUUCUAUUUUUGUUCUCUAGGUGUGGGAUUAUGGUUUGUGUAUUAAAGUUAGCAUGGCUGUGCUUUUCAUAAUAGAAUGCUAAAGACUUUGAGAAUGGAUUUUGAAUAUCUAUUAUAGGAGAAUUAUGUGCUUUCAAUGUACAUGAAGGCAGCAAUUGUAGGAUUAACAUUCUUGUCCACUGUAUAUUAUCUUGGAAGGCUCUUAUUAAUAUGUUCCACUUAAUACUCUCCACAGUUAACUUUAGGGAGAAUUUAUGAGAUGUUAGUUUCUGGUGCAGAGGUGUAAAUUAGGCUGUGAUUUGAUCAAAAGUCCUUUUAGCAUUCUACCUCAAAGGGACACUGAUAGUAUGCCUAAAAUUUAUUCACUUAGUUUUUCUUUUUUAUUUGAAAAAAAAAACAUGACAUGUAAUCUUUUUUUCUUGAAUUCUUUUUCAGACUUGAAAGUACUAUAUUAAAAAGAAUAAUUAAUG